AACUACUACAAUGGAUAAUAAUGCGAGUAAUUUGUUAAAUUUUAAAAAUACUUGUCGCAUAUGCCUAAAAGCCAAGUCUUGUACAAUAGAUUUAUUUUCUAAACAAGAACAGUCAAAAAAUGUAUUGCACAAAAUAUUUAUAUGUUUUCAGAUUAAACUCGCGCAAAAAAAAUAUUUACCGUCGUUAAUUUGUACAGAAUGUGUAGAAGAACUGAAUGUUACUUGGCAAUUUCGUGAAAAAUGUUUGACGUCCGAAGAAAAGUUUGCAGUACCCACUAAAAAUCUUUUAGAAAGUUGCAUCUUACCAAUAAAUGACAAUUUUUCAGUAAGAGACGGAAAUGUAAACAGAAUCAAAGAGGUUCUAAGAACACAAGAUAGCGCUGAGAGAAUAGAUUUAGACAAAGAGAGUGAUAAAUCUGGUAAUUAACAAAAUAUUAGUACCUAUGUUUUACUUUAAAUAAGAUUUAUUUUAAAAGUUUUAGGCAAACUAAAAUUUAAUUAUAAUUCAUACAUUUAUGACAACUCUAUUUUUUUUAGAAUCUGCAUUAUCCAUUACUGGUAAAAUAACAAAGAUUGAGCUAAACUGCACCAGUUGUAAUAAAACUCUUAAAUCUGAAGCAUCAUUAAUGAGGCAUCAAAUUUCUAUGCAUCAAAAAAGGAAACAUUUAGGUAAAGUGACAGGGUUUGGGUCUACUCGUCGAUAUCACUGUACAAAAUGUCCAUAUGCUACCCCCCACAGUCAGACUUUAAUUAAUCAUAUGAGAAGGCAUAAUGGAGAACGUCCAUAUCAUUGUGACUGUGGAAAAAGUUUUACUCAAUCUUCUAGUCUAGCUGCACAUCGCAAGACUCACAGUACAAUCACAUAUUACACCUGUUCAGUAUGUGGUAAGCAAUUCAAACAUGCAUUUAGUUUGAAGACACACUUACAUGUCCAUGAAAUUGGUAAAUUUCCUUGUAGCAUCUGUAAAAAAUUGCUUAAAUCAAAACCAUCAUAUCAAGCACACAUGCAAAGACAUAAUAACAUACACAAUUAUAGUUGUGAAGACUGUGGAAGAACAUUUGUAACAUGUUCAGAAUUAAUAAAUCAUAAGAAAAAGCAUAAUGUAGUGAAAAAAAUUGAGUGUCAACUGUGUGGAUAUAAAACACAUGCAAAGAAAAAUUUAAAUAUUCAUCUAAAACGGUAAUUUUUUUAUAUUUAAUAAAUACUUCUAAAACUUAAUCAUGAUGAUUUAGAUAUACUUUUUUAUUUGCGUAGCAGAGCCGUGCUGCAGCUUCAUUAGUAGUAUAGUUUUAACACAAAUGAGUCGGUUUGAAUGGGGGAAGGACCACACCCACAUAAAAUAUUAAUGUAAAAUAUCAGCUUAAUGCUGCUGUGUUUCGUAUGUUGAGUGUAAAGAACCGGAGACCCUUUUUUCUGGAAACAAAGCAUUCCAUCUUAGUUCUCAAGGGGGACAACGUGACUGCAUUUUGAUUAAUAAUCAAGGAUAUAUUUAGAUGUCUAUGGGCCACAGUAACCAGUUUCCACCAGGUGGACUGUGUGCUCAUCUGUCAC